AAAAUUUAAAAAAAAAAGAAAACAUGAAACAAACACAAACGGGAAAAACUGGAAAAUCUCCCUGCACGGGAGUCAUUAAGUCAGCGGCAAUCUAUCAGAAGUUGAUGGUGGAAAACCUGACGGUUAUCCGAUCGCCCUUACUCAAGUUGUACUAUUGGGAAAGUUUUGAUAUAACCGGCCUCAACAAGAAGCUCCGCUCGAACAAGCAGGAGUCUGAGCAUAUCCUGUCCGUGCCCGUGCGCCAGAUCCAAAGUCCACCACUCAAGAUGAUGUUCUGGCUGCGGAACAUGUCCGGCCAGAAGCUGCAAUUGAAACUGAAGCGCAUACAGAACUGUCAGUGUCAGCCAUUGCAAACUCGCGUCGGGUUCAAUCAGUUCCGGCAGCUGUUCCACUGCCCGCAUCGCCGGCUCAUCCAUGUCAGCCAGGAGGUGCUCAAUCUGGAGCCAGAUGAGGUGCUUCCCCUGUCGGUGACCGCCUAUUUCUUUCUCUAUGGCGAACACUAUCUUACCUAUGAGGUCCACACUGGCGACAAUCGCAAAUUUGUGUGGACUUUUAAGUUGGAAAUAUCGGCGUUUGAUCCGGAAAAAUGUUUGCUCACCAAGGAACUGCUGCCCAUUAACAUAAAACACUUCCAGCACAUUACUCAGCCGAUUUGGGUGCAGAAUAUAACUAUGGCACACCUUUCAUUCACAUUCUCAUCUCGUGAACGCGGCUUGAGGCUGCACAACUCGAAUCUAAUCGUGCCCAGGCAGAGUGUUUGGCCCCUGCUCGUCGAAUAUCGACCCGUGGACUAUGAAAAUGAGAUCGAAGUGCUGCUCACCUAUGAGAGUAACAAGGCGCAUUAUAAAAUAAAGGCACGUGGCGUUAUCACAGAUGAGAACGAGGUCACCGAUAUGCCGCUCAAGGACAGGGAGUCUGCGGACUAUCUCUAUACAAUAUAUCCGAAUCGCAUUAACUUUGAACUGUGCAUCAAAGAGAAUCGCACACAGUUGGUGAAUGUGCACAACUAUGGGCAGAAGUGCAUGGAGUUUCGCUGGCAAAACUACAUCAUCAGCGAUUUCUUUGCGGUUACUUUCGAGCCGAGCAUUUUUCGUUUGAAGGGUCACCACUCAAAGCUCUGCGAGAUUAGGGUAGCCAGCUAUGAGCGCCUCAUCUUCUUUCGUCGCAUACCCAUUGUUCUGGAGGUGCAUCGCAUUCUGGAUGCGGCCACACUGAUAGCCAAGGCUGAGCUAACCGAAAUCGAGUCCAUUGACGAUCCCAAGUGGCAGGAUGAUAGCUACUUGGAGCAUGUAUUUUUGCAACUCAAUAUACGCGUCCAAGUUCGGAACCCCAACAACAAGCAGGACGAUAACACUGACGAUAUCAUUGACGGCACCUGCAUGCCCUGCGGCGGAGUGGGUCUCAAUCCGGAUGGCGCCGACGACGGCCACACCGAAGAGCAGAAAAAACAGGCGGAGCGUGAGGCAAUUGUGAAACGUCUCUCAAUGAAGCGCAAACUGAACGCAAAUGAAAUCAUUGAGCUGAGCAUGGCCAUCGAUCAUCGUAUCACCAUAUUCGAGAAACUUUUCUGGAAGUAUUUAUCCAAGUCAAAUUUUAUGCGCAUCAGCCCCGAACGCACACGCGACAAGUUUGACAAGACCUAUGACCAGGUGGUAGCUGUGGAUCCCAUUCCGCAGCCAGUUGUGAAUAAAACAUUUGUUGACCACAACACUAUCAUGGCCAUACUCAGUCGCCUCAUGGUGGAGGCUAUGAACGAUCUGGCCAAGAACUGGGUAUUCAUACCUCCGGAAUAUUUUGAACGUAACUCUUAGUUCCACACUUUAACUGCUCAACUGUUCCAAAUGCAUUACAUAAACCCAAA